UUUUCUGGGAGAGACAAUACACACACACACACGAGAGAAAUACAGUGAUCCAGCCACAGGAGCUGAAGAGAUUCGUCCAAGACACACCGGAAGACUGGCUGCGUGUUGGCCGGCGCUCCACAGGGUAAUAUGGAAACGAGCAGGAGAUGUUGAAGAGGACAGAACAUACCGUAACUGGAUCAUGAAGAUGGAUGUUUUAUUAUCAAGCAGGCAAUCUGAACACAACCCACGCAGAGGAUAAACCACUUAUGGACGCAGUGGAUUAAAGACCCACAAACAGACUGAGAGAGAGAGAGAGAGAGAGAGAGAGAGAGAGAGGGAGAAUAGGAGAUUUAUAACUCAGAUGUUUAUUUUAAUUGUCUAUGUGCACUUGCUGUGAGAUAAAAUGUGUUAACCUGCUUGAGUGCAUGCACAAGGCAGGACACUGCAUUGCUGCUCUUCAGCAAGACAGGGUAGACUUAAAACAGAGGCAGCCAAGCAGAUAACCUUAUGUGUUUUCUCUAUUAUUCUGCCUCUUCCUCUCUCUGUUCAUGAGUGCCUUCCUUCGUGGUGCAGCCAGGCACAAUGUGUAACGUGCAGACUAUGAAUAAAAAGGAGGAUGGUGAAGCCUGAAGUGAGCUACAGAUUCCAAGUCAGACUUUAAAUGGCCCAUUUCAUGUUACCAUCAGGAGCGACUUGAAUAAAAAUGAAAUAUUUUUCAAGAGAGGAGGAGAUUUUUAUUUUUUCAUCAAUCACACUAGCUGUCACAACCAGUUUGGGCUUGGUGCUGAUUAAGGAGCCAGACAGUGACUUCUGUGCUGGAGGUUUGGACGCUUAAAGGGCUACAACAGAGGAGAAUUCUUGGCAGUACACCCCAGAGAGGUGGAGGCAUCAUCAGGUAGGAGGCCACUGAGCGCGGGCGCCUGAGUGGAAAGCAGGAAAGAAGUAGGUGGAGGAGUUGUGCAUGUGUGUCAUAGACUGUGUAGGCAGGCCACUGGCAGGCGGAUGGAUCUUGCCAAGGGUUAGAACUCCUGCUGAGAGAGGAUAAUGGCAACUCUGUGCCCAGUCUCCUCCUCUCUAACCUGCAUCAGCCACACAAAAGCUGGAAAGGGCUAGCUGGUGCUACCAAGUGGCCACCAAGAGGAUGAUGUAAACAGCAUCAACAUAAACAAGGCCAGGACACCCCUGACACCCCUGCAAGGGGCAAAGUUUUGUUGUGCACAUUUUUUCUCUUUCUUCUCUAAAUCACCUUGAAACAAGUGGGUGGGGGGGGGGCCUUGAUUUUGAGUUUGAGUUCUCUCCCUCCCACUCCCGCCUCCUCCUUACCCUUGACCUGAUCCAUGGAUUGGUUCUAGCACCAACCUGUCCUUCUUUUUCCUCCCUUUGUUUUCUUUUCUUUUUCUUUUUCUUUUUUACGAGGCUUCAGGAGAAUUGCCAAGACCUGUUUCAUGCAUGUCCACUGGCGGCAGGUUCAACUUUGACGAUGGGGGGUCAUACUGCGGAGGGUGGGAGGAGGGCAAGGCGCACGGCCACGGAAUCUGUACAGGGCCCAAGGGCCAGGGCGAGUACUGUGGAUCCUGGGCCCAUGGCUUUGAGCUGCUGGGUGUCUACACCUGGCCAAGCGGCAACACCUACCAGGGCACCUGGGCUCAGGGCAAGAGACACGGUGUGGGUGUUGAGAAUAAAGGCCGCUGGGUAUACAAGGGUGAGUGGACGCAUGGCUUUAAGGGACGCUACGGCCUACGUGAGAGCAUGGGUACAAGUGGGAAGUACGAAGGGACUUGGAACAACGGGUUGCAGGACGGAUACGGGACUGAAACAUACUCAGAUGGAGGAACAUAUCAAGGCCAAUGGGUUGGUGGGAUGCGGCAUGGCUAUGGAGUUCGUCAGAGUGUCCCAUAUGGCAUGGCGGCCGUCAUUCGCUCUCCACUCCGUACCUCCAUAAACUCUCUCCGCUCCGGUUCAGAGCACAGCAAUGGAACAGCGCUGCUGGACCGGAGUGGAGUGGUGGUUCCUGGUCCUCAUCCUGUUCCUGGAACUCUGACGACUAGUGUGUCCAUGUGCAGCACAGGCAGUAGUGGCAGCAGCCCCGCUGUGUCUCGGGGAGGUUUUGUGCUAACAGCACACAGCGAGGCUGAGCUGCUGAAGGGAAAGAGGAAAGGUGGGCUGUUCCGGAGGUCUAUUCUGUCUGGGCUCAAGCUGAGGAAGUCAGAGUCUAGGAGCUCCCUCGCCUCCCAGAGGUCUAAACAGAGCUCCUUCAGAAGUGAGGCUGGAAUGAGUACUGUUUCAUCUGCUGCAUCUGAUAUCAACUCUACUAUCAGUCUUGGAGAUGCAGACACAGAUUUGGCUGUUGCUGACGACGAGGUGGAUGCCACGGCAACAGAGACCUACAGUGGAGAGUGGAAGAAUGAUAAGCGAAGUGGAUUUGGUGUGAGUCGACGUUCUGACGGGCUGCAAUAUGAGGGAGAAUGGCUAAGCAACAAACGCCACGGCUAUGGCUGCACCACGUUUCCUGAUGGCACAAAAGAGGAGGGGAAGUACAAACAAAACAUCCUAGUGAGUGGCAAAAGGAAGAACCUGAUUCCCCUCCGGGCCAGUAAGAUCAGAGAGAAGGUUGACAGAGCUGUGGAGGGAGCUCAGAAGUCAGCUGACAUUGCCCGGCAAAAGGCUGAGAUUGCUCAAUCCAGGACGGCUCAUGCACAGGGUAAAGCGGAGGCAGCAGUAGGAGCAGCUCAAAAGGCCCAAGAGGAGAGUCGCAUUGCAAGGGUUACUGCCAAACAAUUUUCUCCUUCCUUCCAGCACCCAGGAAAUGGCAUGGAGGUCCAGCGUCCCAAACGUCAGGUGUCCAGUGAGGUUGAGGGUGAAGGGUUGUCAAGUAGCGCUGGCACCGCAGACAGCCCAGACCUCUAUGUAAAAAGCACAGGCUCAGACGAUCCCUCUAAUGACGCUGCCACGCCUGACCUCAGUCCUCCUUCUUCCUCACCCCCCCACACCCCUCCUCCCCCUGCUCGGCCAUCACAGCGCAGCAAGAGUGCCCGCUUCCACCGACAAAGCGCUGUGGACCACACUGGGGGGGCAAGGGAUGCGGGAGAGAGGGCUGAAAAAAGUGGAGGGGUGGGGCAGACAGAGAUCCAGGUGUUGAUGGAGGGAGGAAGUGGGGGAGGUGAUGAGGGAGGAGGAAGGAAAGGGGAGUAUCAACGGGCCAACACGUGGAAUGAGGACAAUAGAAGAGGGAUGUUUUCAAAAACAGGUGGGGUCAGUGGACGAGGAGCAAGCCGGAUCAACGGCCACAAACACAGCUCCUCCAAUCACAAGUCCCGGGAGCAUGGGUCAUCCAAUCAUAGACAGACCAGAAGGGACAAGUGGACAGAGUCGUCCUCUUCUGCCUCUUGGACGUCAGGGCACAGGGGUGUGCACAGCAGGGGAGGUCGACUGCUUGAGCAGGAUGAGGAAAAAAUUAGCAAUUAUGAAAUGGAGAUGAAGCCUUUACAGCCUAGAGACUCAGCUACCCACAAGCCCCAUGGGCAUGGGGAAGAGAGGCAUGGGCACAGUCGUCUUCAAGGAGAGGGGCGCUCGCACACUGUGCAAAGACAAAGGCAUAAGAACCGAGAUGUGAAGGAGAGGAGGGAAGGGAGAGAGGGGAAAGAGGGGCAGGAGGGGAGUAAAGACUCAGUGCACAAGCUGGACAGAGGGGGGGAAAAGAUGGAAUCGCAGCCUCUACGACGGGAUCUUACACUCUCUCCUCCUCUGAAGUCCUCCCCCAUCACACCAGAGCAACAGGACCACAGCCUUCUGCAAAAAAAAAGCAACUCGGCCUACAGCUCUAUCCUGGUUGUCAUGGUGAUUCUGCUCAACAUUGGAGUGGCUAUUUUAUUUAUUCACUUUUUUAUUUAACAACAGCGCCCCUUUCAGAGUCAGCCAAUCUACAUUCCAACACUAAAGAGCAUGAGUACCGAUAAUACGAUACAAUCUGCUGCCCCUAUACUUUGUUGGCUGAUGGAAGGCUAGGGCUCUGCCAUUACUUAAGAUAGCUAGCCCUGGCUAACAUCUGCAAAAGUUGAUCCUCUUUGGAAAAUGAGUUGCUGAAGUAAAUAGACCAAAUGAAUUAGUGAAAGAGUGGGGAAGCAGCCCAGUGGGACUAAGGGGAGAUAAUAUGGCACAUAAUUUGGAGCGAGCUUGAAUUAUUCACUUACUAUACACUUAAAUGGGCUGAACUGGUCUGAUUCCCAGGCCACAAAAGCCAAACUGGGAUUACAGCAAAACAUCAACUUCAACUGUUGGCAGACAGGACUGACAAGACAGACUUCCAUAUUCAACUAUGUUUCAUCAGAUUUGUAACCUAUAAUUUAUUUAUUACUACUUUCUCUCAUGUACAAUAUGUUGAUGGAUAUAUUCUUUAUUUUGUGCCCCUCCUAUUUUAACUCCAACUUUUGGUUCUUCCACCUGCCCUUGGAAUGUUACUGAUAUCUCAAGGUGUGUUUUUGUGUAUCUGUGAAAGAAUCAGGGGCUAAGAUACCUACACACAUAUACACACAAACACACACACACAUACAUACAACCCAUUCACACACACACACACACACACACACACACACGCACACUGUCCCCACUCUGAUGUCUGUUUCAUCUCACUCUUCAUCUUGUGCUGGGAACCAGAAUGUGUGAGUGUGAAGAAAUGAGAGCAAACUAAGCGCAUCGCUACAUACUGUAUACUGUAAUGUUUUUGAAGUGUAAAUGGGUUUUCAUGAGAAUUUUCCUACUUAAUUCAGUGUCAGUGUCUUUUCAGAAAUGUGUGUGUAUGUAUGUGAAUUUCUGCUCGGGCUUAAAGUAGCUCAGUGGCUUUUUCCACUGCUCAUAAACUAUAGAUCUCAUAGAUCUUUGUUAAGAUACAGCCACUGCUUAUCCACAUCUAGCCACAUAUUUUUGUCCCCUCUUCCUACACAGUUCGACCCCCACACAAACCAGUCAGAGGAUGGAGCUUCCUCUUAGUUGGUGAAACUUCAAGACAAACAAUUCUUGGCAAAGCCCAGGGCUAACUGUAUUACUAACAGAUGUAUUUACAGGCUAUACUGCAUUCACUAAAGUGAAGUCUGCAUAUAAAGCACCCGAAAUUUGGCUUCAAAUACAACAUCAUAAUGGUAAAUUCAUGCCUCCCAAAGCCUUCCUCGAAACUUAAACUGAAGGCAACAAGAAGUAUUUCAUCAUACAAUUGCAAUAUAUAUGAACAAUUAAUAGUAGCAACUGCCUUGCUUUUUUUUUUUUUUUUUUUUAGCUUAAACUAAUAAAAAUACAAAAACGCAUGCAUAUGUAUUUAAGUCUUAUGGUUAUGCGUUGACUCUCAAACUGACAAGAUCUUCAGAAUAACAUGUGCAUGUCAAAUUUUGAUAGAAGUUUCUGCAGAAAAUUGUAUUUGGCACAUAAAGCCAGAAUAAAACAACCGCCAAAAAUGUCUAAAAUGGACUUUCGUGAAUCUUGGGUUGAAUAAAAUGAAUUGAAGCCUUUUUGUUUAGUUAGGUGAUACUCACACAGCCCAAGAAGAACUCACUAUUUGCAAAGAUUGUGUAAAGAAAGAUGCAAGUGUGUCAUAAGUUUUGAAAACAGUGGCCACUAUAGAAGUCAGGAUUUUACUUUGCCAUUCCUCAGCCUUUACUCCAGAUCUCCAUCAUUGCAAAACUGUCACUAACAAACAGUCAGACUAAGGUAAAGUCAGAUAUACCAGUCACAAUUUGUCCGUUUUUUACAGAUUUGUGAAACUGUGUGUGUAUGUGUGGGUGUGUGUGAUGUGGAUUGCAUGUUUGCACAUGAACGCUUAUCAGAGUGGUCGAACAUGUGUAUGCAUUGCCUCCUUCCGCUUGAUAGGAUGGGAUGGCUGAGCCUGGUUCCAUCAGUAACAACUUCCAGGGGGCAGAGAGACUCGCUGUUGUUUUUUCUGUCAGACAGCGUUUCUCAAAAUAAGGAUUGGAACUCAAACUCAGCAGUAGGCUUAUUGCUGGUGUUUACCAACAUUAUUACAAGAGAACCAUCUAAUGUGCCUGCACCCGAGAGGCAGAACAAUACAUUUUAAUUUCAUUUUGGUCCCAGACUGAAGCCCUGCUGUAUGUCAUCAGCCUGGUGACGAUGCCCUGCGCCACCCUGUUAGUCCGCAGCAUGCUACAGCAUGCCAAGCUCUCUCUAUAGUUUGACUCUCCUUUCUUUCUUUCUUUCUUUCUUUCUUUCUUUCUUUCUUUCGUUCUUUCUUUAUGUUUCUGGGAAUACUCUGUUUUGUUUUUGAGUAAUGUGGAGAAAAUAAUGAAAGUGUUUGAAAGAAAAUUA